UUGAUAUUAUUUGACGAAUGCUGGGUAUCAAAUUCGUCCGCUGAAUAUACUCAAAAGUAGUAAUUCCAAAAUGGCGUCUCUGAAUGACAGAUCAGUUUGGGAUGAGGUUGAGGAUGGGAUUGGUGAGGAAGUUCUCAAAAUGUCUACUGAAGAGAUCAUUCAGCGGACACGCCUCUUGGACAGUGAAAUCAAGAUCAUGAAGAGCGAAGUCUUGAGGGUCACCCAUGAACUUCAAGCCAUGAAAGAUAAAAUUAAAGAGAACACUGAGAAGAUUAAAGUGAACAAGACCCUGCCUUACCUUGUGUCCAACGUCAUUGAGUUGUUGGAUGUGGACCCGAAUGACCAAGAGGAAGACGGAGCCAACAUCGACUUGGACUCUCAGAGGAAAGGAAAAUGUGCUGUAAUUAAAACAUCCACACGACAGACAUACUUUUUACCUGUAAUUGGCUUGGUGGAUGCUGAAAAACUCAAGCCCGGAGAUCUGGUGGGGGUGAAUAAGGACUCAUACUUGAUUCUGGAGACCCUCCCCACGGAGUAUGACUCCAGGGUGAAGGCCAUGGAGGUGGAUGAGCGACCCACAGAGCAGUACAGUGACAUCGGUGGGCUGGAGAAACAGAUCCAGGAGCUGGUUGAAGCCAUCGUCCUGCCCAUGAACCAUAAAGAGAAGUUUGAGAACCUGGGCAUCCAGCCGCCCAAGGGGGUACUGAUGUAUGGACCCCCAGGAACCGGCAAGACACUGCUGGCUAGGGCCUGCGCUGCCCAGACCAAGGCCACCUUCCUGAAGCUUGCUGGUCCUCAGCUGGUUCAGAUGUUCAUCGGGGAUGGAGCCAAGCUGGUUCGGGAUGCCUUUGCUCUGGCCAAGGAGAAGGCCCCCUCCAUCAUCUUCAUUGAUGAGCUGGAUGCCAUUGGGACCAAACGAUUUGACAGUGAAAAGGCAGGUGACAGAGAGGUACAGAGAACCAUGCUGGAGCUUCUCAAUCAACUGGAUGGAUUCCAGCCUAACAUGCAAGUCAAGGUCAUCGCAGCCACCAACCGGGUGGACAUCCUGGACCCAGCCCUUCUGAGGUCAGGUCGUCUGGACCGCAAAAUAGAGUUCCCCAUGCCCAACAAGGAGGCCCGAGAGCGCAUCAUGCAAAUCCAUUCCCGCAAGAUGAACGUCAGUCCUGAUGUGAACUACAAUGAGUUGGCUCAGUGUACAGAUGACUUCAAUGGGGCCCAAUGCAAGGCAGUGUGUGUGGAAGCGGGUAUGAUUGCACUGCGCAGGGGGGCAACAGAGCUGACUCAUGAAGACUACAUGGAGGGCAUCCUGGAGGUGCAGGCCAAAAAGAAGGCCAACCUGCAAUACUAUGCUUGAGUGUUAACAUUUGAAUGGCAGAGAUGGAUGUUUUUCUGUGGAUAAUGCCCUACUUAUGAAAGAGGGGUGGAACUCUGAGAUCCACUCAAAGAAUGCUGGAUUAUAUGGGUAGAUUCAGAUUCCAGUGUGAUUGACAUGCAAAGCGGGCAUUGUGAGAUGCUGAAGUUCUUUCCUAACUGUGCUGUAAUUAUGGGCCAUAAUUAAAGCAUUUUCCAUUGA